UUAGCCGCUCGGGACUUGAAAAUGGCUGAACAACUUUCCCCCGGAAAGAAUGCAGAUCAAGUCUGCACUUUCCUUUUCAAAAAGCCUGGGCGAAAAGGAGCCGCUGGACGCAGGAAGCGCCGGGCAUGCGACCCUGAGUCCGGAGGCAGCAGCAGCAGCGGUGAUGAAGGCAGCACUGUGGUCCGCCCGGAGAAGAAGCGGACGAUUCACAAUCCGAUGAUCCAAAAGACGCGAGGCAGCGGCAAACAGAAGGCUGCUUACAGUAACUUGAGUAGCGAUGAGGAGGAUGAGAAGGAGCCUGAAAGUCUGGGAGUAAUCUAUAAGUCCACCCGUUCGGCGAAACCCGUCGGGCCAGAAGAUAUGGGUGCCACGGCGGUCUACGAGCUGGACACCGAAAAGGAGCGUGACGCCCAGGCUAUCUUCGAGCGCAGCCAAAAGAUCCAGGAGGAACUGCGUGGCAAGGAAGAUGACAAGAUCUACCGGGGAAUCAACAAUUAUCAGAAAUUCAUGAAGCCCAAAGAUACGUCGAUGGGCAACGCGUCUUCGGGCAUGGUGCGGAAGGGCCCCAUCCGCGCCCCGGAGCAUCUACGCGCCACUGUGCGCUGGGAUUACCAGCCCGACAUUUGCAAGGACUACAAAGAGACAGGCUUCUGCGGCUUUGGCGACAGCUGCAAAUUUCUCCAUGAUCGCUCAGAUUACAAGCACGGCUGGCAGAUCGAACGUGAGCUGGAUGAGGGUCGCUACGGCAUCUAUGAGGACGAAAACUAUGAAGUGGGAAGCGAUGAUGAGGAAAUACCAUUCAAGUGCUUCAUCUGUCGCCAGACCUUCCAGAACCCUGUGGUCACCAAGUGCCGGCAUUAUUUCUGCGAGAGCUGCGCGCUGCAGCAUUACCGCACCACCCCGCGCUGCUAUGUGUGCGACCAGCAGACCAAUGGCGUCUUCAAUCCGGCCAAAGAUUUGAUGGCCAAACUGGAGAAAUGUCGAGCUCCGCAAGAAGGGGACGCUCCCGACCAGCAGGAAGACCCUGAUGAGGGUCCGAUCCUGCUUACUUAGGUAUCUCUGAAUUCUCAGCUCUCAGAAUAAACCCUGGCUUUGCU